AUGGCAUCUACGACACCGAAGCUCUCGCAUUACAAGGUUUUGAUGUUCGACGUCUACGGUACCCUCGUGGACUGUGAGAAUGGCAUAAAGACUGCGUUGCAGCCGAUCGUUGCAGAAACUUCCCUCGAGUCGAAGGCUGCCGGCCUACAUGCCUUCGAGAGCGUCGAGACUAAUCUGCAAGCACGCUAUUCGAGCAUGCGCGAGGGUGGGAGCAUGCAGACAGCAGUGCAGGCGGGCGCGAAGGAAGUGGGCAGUACGGAGGUGGGAUCAUCUGCAUCUGCUGAGAGCACAGAGAAAACGGACGCACAUGUGGCGUUUGGAAAGAGCAUCGCGAACUGGCCACGCAUGCGGCAGGACGCCCUGCGGCGUGUCGAGGAGGAGUUGAACUUGGGCGUCGAGAGCGACGAGGUGAUGGUGGUCGCGAACAGCGUGUUUCAUGAUGUCAUGUCGGCGAGGAAGAUGGGGCUUGGGACGGCGUGGAUUGAGAGGAAGAGGCCGGUCAUUGGGCAUGACCAGGAGGAGGGGGCGCAGGCGACGUUCAGAUGUAGCACCCUUGGGGAGAUGGCGGAGGUGUUGAUGCGAGAGUUGGGCAAGUGGUCGUAAGAGUACACUUUCGCCACAAAUAAUUAAGCAUUGAGUGAAG